AUGUUUACUUUGAUAAUCGGCGAAUUUGGAGGGGUACGUUCGCUACCCUGCGGUAAGAGAUUCGGGUGGAAAACGGGUGACGGCGAUUGCGAAGAAAGUCCGGUCAAAAACCGCCUUGGUGACACCCGGUCACUUGUUGUUGUCACCCUUUGGCUAAGUUGGUCAGCGAUCGGAACAGUAAUCUAUCUAUCUAUCUAUCUAUCUAUCUAUCUAUCUAUCUAUCUAUCUAAAUACAGACGCACCUUUCAUAUUUCAUACAAUAUCUAUCUAUCUAUCUAUCUAUCUAUCUAUCUAUCUCAGUUUAUAUCUAUCUAUCUAUCUAUUUAUUGUCGUAUAAUGGAUAUCUGUAUUUAUAACUAUCUAUGUCACUGUUCAUAUCUAUCUAUCUAUCUAUCUAUCUAUCUAUCUAUCUAUCUAUCUCCUUUCCUCUAUCACUCUCGUCCUUCCUUUCUAAUCAGUGUUUACCCCAUUCUUUCUCUCUCUCCCUACGACGAAAACAAGCGCUUCAAUUUUCUCUUCGUCAAACAUCAGCCUGUAAAGACAGACGAACGGCCAUUGUCCCGUCACGUGAUCUUCCUAACAUUGUACAAUCAUUCGUUUUCAUCACCGUUUCUUUUUUUUCUUUUAAUAUUUUAUCUCUCUUUCUUCCAGUUAUACAACGGUUCAGAGCUUAAUCUAACUCUUGGACAAUUUUGCUGUUACACAUUUGAACAAUUUUACACACGCUAUCUAUCUAUCUAUCUGUCUAUCUAUCUAUCUAUCUAUCUAUCUAUCUAUCUAUCUAUUUUAUUUUAA